AUGUCUGAGCGCACUGUCCUUAUCACCGGCGCUACCGGCCUCCUGGGUCGUGAGGUCGCUACAACGUUCGGCCUCAAGAACUGGAAUGUCAAAGGCACGGGCUAUUCUCGUGCAGAUGGAAUCAAUAAUUUCAAGGUCAAUUUAAGCAAUGAGACGGAAGUGGGAGAGUUUCUGGAUGAGACCAAGUUUGCAGACCCUUCCCUCUAUGGAUGCUAUGCCAGUAGACUGACAUUGCUACCUACCUUCAGACCACAGGUUAUUGUCCAUUGUGCUGCUCAACGGUUCCCAGACAAGGUCGAUAAAAACCCCGAAGGUGCCCGUGAACUCAACGUCGCUGCGAGCAAGGCACUCGCUAAGCUGGCCGCGGAUAGAGACAUCUUUGUCAUAUAUAUAUCAACCGACUACGUGUUCCCUGGCACGCCGGGGGAUGCUCCAUAUGAAGCCGACGCCAAGCCUCAACCGACCAAUCUUUAUGGCCAAACGAAGCUGGAUGGUGAGCGAGCCGUCUUAGACACGCUGAAGCUGGUUGGAAAGGAGGGCCUAGGUGUCGUUCUUCGAGUUCCUGUCCUUUAUGGGAACGCUGAAACGCCAGCCGAGAGUGCGGUCAAUGUUCUUAUGGAUGCACUAUGGAAGGCACAGACACAGGGAGCUGAAAUCAGCAUGGACCACUGGGCAAUUCGCUAUCCUACGAACACAGAAGACAUCGGUAGGGUCUGCCACGAUAUUUCCGUCAAGUACCUCGACACUCCAACUGAGGGGCGAUCUUGUCUUCCUCAAAUUCUCCAGUUUUCCUCUGAGGAUCGAAUGACGAAGUAUGAGAUAGUGACACUAUUUGCUGAGAUAAUGGGCCUGUCAACGGAAGGGAUUAAGCCCAACACGGAAGGGAAUGACCCAAAUGCCAGUGUGCAGCGACCUUACGACUGCCACUUGAGUACAAAGGCACUGAAAGAUCUGGGAAUUGAUGUUUCAACCUGCGACUUCAAAGGCUGGUGGAGACGUGAGGUUCGCGCAUUUCGCAAGUAA